AUGCCCAUCAAAAAACGCAUGUUGAUCAAUAUGCAGAUCCGAUUUGAUCUACAACAAAGAUCAAUCGGACAAUCGACCAUAGUGACGACUCUGCUUAGCUCCCGCUCGGUCUUUGAAUUUCUCGAAGCAAAAGUCCAUGCAUUCGACUGCGAAUCCGGAUACACCGAAUGCGCCAAAGCAGGGCUUAACGAGGCCUGUGAUAAUGGCCUUACAUCCCACCAGUACUUUGAGACACUAGAAGCAUUUCAAGCUGGAGUCGUCAGUACACAAAAGGAAAAAAGCACAGUGAUGCGACAGAAGAAGGUCAUUGAGGAAUUAUUGUGGAAGAAGCAAACAAAAGAGUUCGAUUGGGCGAACCCUCUUGUUGGGCUUCUGGGAGGGCGUAUACAAAUACGAUAG